AUGGUCCAGUACGAACUGCCGUGGCUGCGAAAGCGGUUGCUGGGUUGGCCUGAGCUGGGAAAUAUUUCCUUUCUUUUGGGGGAUUCUCUAGUGGAUUUUGCCCUGAAGGUGGUCCAGUGGUCAGAGUCGGAGACAGUACGACUUCAGCUCUGGGACAUUGCAGGGCAGGAACGCUUCACAUCCAUGACCCGGCUGUACUACAGGGAGGCGUCAGCCUGCAUUAUCAUGUUUGAUGUCACCAACAUCAGCACAUUCAGCAACAGCCAGAAGUGGAAGCAGGAUUUGGACAGCAAGCUCAUGCUGCCGGACGGGAACCCCGUGCCUUGCCUACUGCUGGCUAACAAAUGCGACCUUUCCCCAUGGGCAGUGACAAGAGAUGAAAAGAAUAUUAAUGAGUCCAUGAGAGUCCUGAUUGAAAAGAUGAUGUCCUCAUCCACUGGUGAUGGAAGUUCCUCUGCUGCCGGGAGCGGGGAUUAUAUUAACAUAAAAGAGACGACCCCACCAGGCUGGGCUUGCUGUUAGAUGCACUGACUACACCAUCUGCCUUGGGUCUAGCAGCAAUGGCCUUUCAUUAUCAUCAUCAUCAUCAUUUUUUCCUGAACUGUCUGUCAGUGUUUUGGGGGGAGGGUUUUUUACAUGAUCGUGAACCGUCUUCUGUUUAGUGUGUAUUUGUUCUCACUGGAGCAUUGCUACAAUGACUUGGAGUGAGGCGUGGAAAGAAGAGAGGAUUGAGAAGAUUUCCUCUUUCUUCUAGCGGAGCAGCAACUGGGAGCUCUGCUGCCAGUAGUGUAGCACAGUCCGUGUUCAAGCACAUGGCUUGGAUUAAGUUUCUUUUAAAUUUUGAGCACUUCAUCUUCUGACAUGUGAUGGCCUGUCGCAGGCAGGGCGAAGGAUGUCGAAGGUAUAUUUUUAAUAUUGUUGCACCUUUUGUUCCCCACCGCCUGCACCCACCAUACACAGAAGCACCAGUCCAAAGCGUUACAGUGACCUUCAGCUGGCGCACGCGGAGUUCAAGCGGGCUCUCUGUGCCUGUGGAUUCCCAGUGUGGGAUUACAGCAAACUCUUUACUUCGUGCUCUGGAACGACAUACCUCUGCUUACGUGUCCUGGAGAGACCAACACAUCUCAUCAUUGCCACUAACUGUCCUUACGAUGUGAAGCCAGAUGUGGAUCAGCACGGUGUCCCACGUAACCAGACCUGUAAAAUUAUCAGUGUGAAUUUGAGCAAUGGGGUAGCACAGCUCUUACUUUCGGGUGUACUGACUGUGGUUGGUGCUUAACAGCAGAGACCUCAGUUUUUUGUCAAGAAUUGCCCGGUUGCCUUCUGUUCAUUCCUUCUCGCUCACCCUCUAGCACAAUCCUACGUAUUCUGUUCUGCUGCCACUUUAUUAGGGCCCCGAGAGCUGACUGAGGAAUAGGUUGUAAACUCCUUUGUAUGACAGAACAACAGCCCUUUUCACUUUUAGAACACCCUGUAUCCUACCAUCUCAAAUAGCUUUGCAACUGCUGAUGAAUUGCCCUCCCACAAUUAUUCUGUAGCAAUGAGUGAAUUUGGUAGCAGGGCCGGUGCUGGAGAGGCAGCUCUCUGAAAGCCCACCUGCUGCUUUUAGUGGUGCACGGGGGAAGCGAAGGAGAAGACUUUGCAGGACAAAAGGAAACGAGGAGAACCGCUCCCCGCUUGCCUUUUGAUGCCGGCUUUCCCUAGCAUAUCCCCAGGUACUCAUUGUUGAGAACAGUUGCCAACAACAACAAAAAAUGGGUAAAAGCAUACUAGAUAGCUAUCUCAGGAAGAGUCAAUAGGAAACUCGGUCUGUAGGGCUGGGGUUACGUAGCGUUGUGUGCAUUUUAUAUAAGCAUGCGAUGCUAUAGAAUUGUCUUGCCCAUGUUUUAGGUUAGGACUUGAACAAGUGGUCUUCAAUAACGUUUUUCUCUUCUCAAGUAGUUUAAUUUGAAAACGGGACUAUAAAUUGGUUUGUCCUGA